AUGGAAACCGAAUCCUGCCACAGUGGGUCCGUUGCCGGCCCAGAGCAGGAGGGUGGGAGCCAGCUGAACUUUCAGACAAUGCUGGACGCGGCACUUACCAGUGCUCUAAGCAAGUAUGACAGCAUAGGCACCUACUUCAGUGACGGCAUGUCCGUGGCAGCUGUUGCCGAGAUGCUGGCGCAAGAAAUGCGGCAAGACGAGGACCUCAGGCCCAGCAUCACGACGCCUUUCCGCGAAGAGCAGUUGCGGAAGUUUGUGAUGCAGAUGGUCGGCAAGAGCUAUGGGCUCUGGAAGAAGGGGAGCUGCAGGGUGAAGAACGAUGACAGCAGGGGACAGGACUCGGGAAUGGCAUGGGCCAGCAUUGACAACUAUGCGACAUGGGUCUACGAGCAGGUCAGCGCGUACCGUAGCGCCCAGCCAGGGGAGCAGACCAUGAUGCGGAGGGAGCUUGAGAGGGCUCUCCUGGAGCUGCCCCUCCACUCGGCCACCAUCAAGUACGACGGCACCUGCUUCGGGAAGCUGGACAAUGGCGCACUCUCCGGACGCCGGCAUCUCGUGGGCAAGGAGGCUGAAACAUACCUCAACACAAGCACCGCUGCCUGCCGCGGCUGCACCAUCGAGCUCGUGCGCGCGGAGCUCUCGCGGGUCCUCUGCAUGGAGCUCGCCCCAGGAUCGGUGUGUGCUUGGGGGGAGCUCAUGUGCAACCCUGGAUACUACAACUACCUUGAGCGGGGGCUUUCCGAGAAGUGGAUCUGCUUCGGCGUGGUGGUGAAGCUACCGAAGCUCGAGGAUGCGACGGACAUCCUCGCCUUGUCCGAGAAGCUGCAAGAGGGAGGCUUCGCACACAGCAUCUCUCCGGAGGGACAGAAAGCCCGACUGCUCCUAUGCCCCGCCCUCCGGCAGCUGCUGACGGAAGCGGGUUGCGAAGUGGCCGACGGCCUGCCGCAGUCGACCCACGCCGAAGUCGUCGAAAGCAUGGCGAGAAGCCUCAGAGAUGGAGAGCACGAGGGAGUUGUGCUGGUCUUCCGGAACCCUGGAGGUCAAGCUUCCGUCCGGAAGUGGAAGAACUCCACCGAGUGCCAGGGCGCAAGCAAGAGGCACGCGGCUCAGCUCCGCAGCCUUUGCGUCCGGGAUCUGGCGGAUCGGGGACAGCUAGAUGCCCGAGUUGCCGACAUGGUGGAGACCAUGAUCACGGUUGCAGAAGCAGAUACAACCGUCCGAAAGCUGGGCAGGAACAACGUCCGAAAGUUGCAGAAGGACCGAGAGCAGUAG